AUGAAAACCAAAACCAAGAUCGGCAUGGGCAUGAAACCGAAGAAGACGAUGAGGAAAAACAAAACGAAAAAGAUAGCGAAAAAACGGAUACUACCAACAGCGAAACGAGGCGAUGCGUUACCGUUUCAUCCAAUGUUGGGUGCGCUCGGAUCCUUGAUUGGAGGAGCCGCCAGUGUUGCGAAAGCGCUAGCUCCUCUGUGUGAGGUCUCGAUGGAGGCAGAUACAUACGGAAGUGAUCAUUAUCCCAUAAUUACCACCUUAGGCGCUCAGGUUUGCUUAACGUCCAGAUUCCGUUACAGGAUAUCGUUGUCUAAGGAGCAGCUCCAGCUAUAUUACCACAAUCUUUCGACUAAGGCUAACAGCCUCUCUUCUCGAAAUCGUGAGGAUGUGCUGGAACUUUACGAUUCUUUUGUUAACGAUGUUUUGACUGAAGCUAAAGAUUUUCUUCCUGAGGACAAACGCUUCCCGCGCUCAAUAGUCUGGCGCGCAAAACGGGAUCUUCCGCCCUGGUGGAAUAGUGAAUGUUCUGACGUGAUUGGGGGCAGGAGGGAGGCUGUCCGGCUCUUUGUCUCCUGCCCCACUCCGGGGAAUUACGCAGAAUUUUGUAGAGUUUGCAGAGAGUGUUCCAGGAAGCUACAGGAACAGAAGCGAACUGGAUGGCGCGAAUUUGUUGGCAAAUUCAACAGCAAAACCCUCUCCCGACAAAUAUGGGGCCUCAUUAAAAGUUUUAAAGGAAGGGCUGCUGCUAUUUCUUCGAAUAUCGACUCGCAGGACCUUAGGCGUGUCUCUUCUGAAAUGAUCAAUAAACUCUGUCCGGCAUCAGCUUACUUGGAUCGAGCUAGGUCGGUUGAGGAGAUGAGGGUCGAUGAUGGCUCUUUUACUAAUCUAUGUCCUUGGUUGGACGAUCCCCUCACUAGAAAGGAAUUUAGAUGUGCCCUGGCGACGGUGCGUAAAAGGUCAGCGCCCGGUCUCGACCAGGUUAGCUUCGAGAUGCUUAGCCAGCUCCCCAUGGAAUAUGAUAAUCUCUUGUUGGAGUCUUACUUGCUAUAUUUACAUCUAUGCGCUGUUUGGUCGCCCGCUUCCUGGGUUGGUGAGGCUGAGUCCGGAGUGGCAGGCGGAGGUUGCCUCCUGCUGCAGAGACAAGGUCUAUCGUUCCUCAAGGACAAUCCGGUUUUAGACCUUUCAGGUCAUGUGAUGACAACCUGGCUACUCUGGUCACCUCGAUUAGGACAG